AUGGCCUACUCGUCUUGGCUGGGAGGCCUGUAUGUGUCGGUGUGUGCGGCCGCUGGCGCCCUGGGGGAGCCCGUGACGUCACCGCUGGCUGUGGCUGCGGUCCCCGCGCGGCGGCAGCCGCGGGCCGACUACACCGAGUGCGACGGAGUGGCGGCUGGGCAGGUGGCCUGCGCCGACGACUGCCAGACGGUGCUGCUGUGCAUGGGCGGCUCCAUCGCGCCCACCGUCCUGGAGACGUGCGACCCGCCGGCGCUGUGCAGCGCCGAGGAGAGGCGGUGCUCCACCAACACUACGACGUGCAGCCCGCCCCACACGAACAUCACGUGCAACGCUGUGGGCGCUUUCCCGGAUCCCAACGACUGCACCGUGUACCACAUGUGCAUCAAAACGGGCGGCAGCUCGACACGAGUGGAGUGCGACAGUGGCUGGGCCUACGACCCACUCACUGCCACGUGCAGGCUAAAGCCGACGGAUAGCGUGUGCACUGACCUCCCACUCACGUGUACCGAACUCAGAGAGAGUGACGUAGUCCCGGCGAACCCCAGCAUAUACUACAUCUGUGUUCAGGACAAGAAUGGAAAGCUCGUUCCAAACUUGUACAAAUGCGAGCAUGGGGAAAAUUACGAUCCGGCCACUUUCAGCUGCAUCGAUUCAACGAAAACUUGUGGGUGUGUCGAUUCAACUACAACUUCACCAAGUGCAACAGAAUCGCCUUCAAGUACAGCACCACCGUCCUCAGCUGACCCAACAUCAAGUGCAACACCAGCACCGUCGAGUGAUCCAACAUCGCCUUCCAGUGCAACACCAGCACCGUCGAGUGAUCCAACAUCGCCUUCCAGUGCAACACCAGCACCGUCGAGUGAUCCAACAUCACCUUCCAGUGCAACACCACAGCCCUCGACUGACCCAACGUUGCCUUCCAGCGCAACACCAACACCCUCAAAUACACCUUCAACAACAACUCCUCCAUCUGACGGAAGUCCAUGUUCCACACCACUGGAAAAAGUUCCUGAUCCUGAAAAGUGCGACAGUUACUAUGAGUGCAGUGUUAUGUUUGUGUGGACUUAUGUCCAAUGCAAUACUGGUUUUUACUUCAACAGAGAGGACUUGGAGUGUAAGUAUGGUAACUGUCCAUACAGCUAUUCCUUUUGGAUGCAAUAAUAUACUUUAUAAUCUCAAUGUCAGUUUCAACUUUGAUAUUUUUGUCCCUAGGCAUUUCAAAUGAUAUCAGAAAUGUUUUACGAUUUCUUUUGACCAAGACAGAAGCGAACACAUCUCUUUAGUGCACCUGUUUGUACUGUUUGUAUAUUUUAUCUUGCUCUACACAAUUCCCAUUUCAGCCAAUGAAUAUAAAUUGCUUCACCAAUGUGUAUGCCAAUAGCAAUUCACCUGCAGCUAACACAACUGAAAUUGCUAUCUGAAAAAUAUAUGUCAGCUAACUAUCCUGUACCGACAAAUAUGUAGUACAGAGCAAUGCGGACUGUCG